UUUCAAAAUACAACUCCAAGGUCUGGUCUGGUCUGAUUUGAACAUUAUUGAGUGUGCUGAAUUAAAGCUACAAUGAAGAAACUCGUGAUGUUACUGUUAGUAUAGAACAAAAACAUGUCCCUCAUCCUCACUUCCUCGUCGCCGCCGGUGCCCUUGUCGGUAAAACCUAUCUCUAGCCGGCACACUGUUUCCACAAACAGAGUCUAUUUCCGGGCGACUAAAGUUCCAGCCUUUCCGGUAGCUUCACUUUUCAGUGUGCAUGGCAGCAGCCGUGUAUUCAAUGGAGGAGGUUCCUCGAAUUUCUGCAAUACAUUAUGUGGCUGGAGGCUUUGGAUGCUUAGAAACAUAAACAUUUGGAGGAAGAGUAAAAAGCGUGAAUCAAAAUAUGAAUUUAAAAGGCUGCAGAUUCUAGACACAGAUCAGCCAAAAGAGUUUACCGAAGCAUCUCCAACCAGUGAAGAACAUAUUGAUGACGAACCAUCACCUAUCAGUUCGUUAAGUGGGAAACAUGCACAUCUUUUAGAUACAAAUUCACAGCAUCGCGAUUCCACUCCAACACAUACUUCUUUAGUAUCUGCGCCAUCAUUGCAGCCAACUAAUGUCUUCACUAGUCCAGGGUCUUCUCUGGUUAUUGCUGUCAUUGGAGCUACCGGUGAACUUGCUAGGUCAAAGAUCUUUCCUGCACUAUUUGCUCUUUACUACACUGGUUAUCUUCCAGAGAAUGUUGUUGUGUUUGGCUAUUCAAGGAAGAGUUUAUCAGAUGAAGAUCUCAGGUGUAUGAUAUCAUCAAAUUUAACUUGUCGAAUCGAUCAUCAGCAAAGCUGCGCAGAUAAACUGGAAACCUUUCUCAGUAGAACAUUUUAUCUAAAUGGAGGAUCUGACAACAAAGAAGGGAUGUCAGAACUGCAUAGCCGGAUGAAUUUGGUUGAGGGAGAUUCGGGAGCAAAUAGAAUAUUUUAUCUUGCUGUACCCCAAGAAGCUCUCCUAGAUGUUUCUUCCUCACUUGCUCAUUAUGCACAAACCAGGAACGGCUGGAAUCGUGUGAUAGUUGAGAAACCUUUUGGAUUUGAUUUACCAUCUUCUAGCAAUUUGACUCGUUAUCUUCUUUCCAAGUUCGAGGAGAAACAAUUGUAUAGGAUAGAUCAUCUUCUGGGAAGGAACAUUAUCGAAAACCUCAUUGUUCUAAGGUUUUCUAACCUAAUUUUCCAGCCUCUAUGGAACCGGGCUUAUAUAAGGAAUAUACAAGUUAUUCUGUCAGAGGAUAUGGCUAUGCAGAUGCAAGGUAAGUACUUUGAGGGCUAUGGGGUUAUACGAGAUAUAGUUCAUAGUCAUAUACUCCAAACAAUAGCUUUGCUUGCCAUGGAGCCACCUAUAAGUCUGUCUGGUGAAGAUAUUCGAAAUGAAAAGGUCAAGCUAUUGCGAUCAAUUCGUAAAUUGGAACUCAGAGAUUUCAUCCUUGGCCAGUAUAAAGACACACAUGGAGGAGGUAAGAUCGAAAAUAAUGUGGAUGAUUUGACACCAACAUUCUUUGCUGCGGCUUUAUUCAUUGAUAAUGCACGAUGGGAUGGUGUGCCUUUCUUGAUACGAACUGGCUUGGGCCUCCUCGAACACAGGGUGGAAAUAAGAAUACAGUUUCGUCAUGUCCCUGGAAAUCUUUAUCGAGAGCAUUUCGGGCAUAAUCUCGAUCUUAACACAAAUGAAUUAAUCUUACGAGAGGCACCCGAUGAAGCAAUCCUUGUCAAAAUCAACAACAAGAUUCCAGGAUUAGGCAUGAUGUUGGAUGCUUCAGAACUCAAUUUGCUUUACAAGGACAAAUACGACGUGCAAAUCCCCUGUUCUUACGAACAACUUCUGCUCGAUGUGAUAGAUGGAGACAAUCACCUAUUCAUGAGAAGUGAUGAGGUAUCGGCUGGCUGGAAUAUCCUGUCUCCGGUUUUGGAAGAGAUAGAUAAGAAGAACAUAAGGCCUGAAUUUUAUGAACUUGGAGGUAGAGGUCCUAUUGGAGCCUAUUAUCUGUGGGCUAAGCACGGUGUUCGUUGGGUGGAAGACUAGUUUAGUCGUCGGUUUUUGAUUCCACGUCCAAAAGAUUUAUAAUCUGGAUCUGGAUUCAAGUACAAAAUUGUUUAUGUUAUUCGGGAUUGGUUGAAUGUUUCAACUUCAAUGUUUCAUAAGCCGGAGUUGUGUAACAAUUAAAAGCGUAAUUUUGAGUGUUUAUUAUUGAAGUUUCAGCA